GUGGUUCCUCAGUGUGCGCGUAAACGGAGGGGCGCAGAAGCUGACUGCUGGUAGUAGCAGUCACUGAUCGACUUACGCCCAUCCGUUGAAAGUUCUCUUGCAGCUUGACGAACACUUCUUCUGCAAUCUACUCAGAGGCAGAUUUUGGUCCCGAUUUUGUUUUAUAUUCUUUUGGACUUUCACAAUGUUUCCUUCAGCAGCUACCGCCCUUGGAGAUUUAAGAUUAGAUUGUACCCACAAGGAGAUCUUUUCUUCUUUUCUGAAAAUGACUAGAUCCCAGUUCCCAGGCAAUGUGAUAACAGAAGUGAAUCCUUUCCUUUGGGAACCCUCAAAUCUGCCUGAAGGAUGGUACUUCAUACCCUCUGAGGAAAACAAAGAUACCAACAACUUUGGGUUCUGGAAGGCCAAAGGGGAGGCCUGUAAAAUAUACUCGAACUCUGUGAUCACUGGUUGGAGCACUACAUUUGAAUUCUUUGAAGACCACACUUAUGGGCAUAAAACUGAUUGGAUGAUUCAGGAAUACAGGAUGGUUCAGGGAAAACCUUAUGAAAGCAACAAGGCCCAGGAAGUGAGCUCCCUUUGUAGACUCUUUCGUGGCUGUAAGCAAAGCCAAAACUGUGAAAAGCAGCAGAAACCAGCUGGCACUGAUAUUGCCAGUGAAAACCGCAUUCACCCAACUAAAUCAGUUGUUGCCGACAAUUUUAUUGGAAAAGGUUCCACAAGCAAGCCACAGGUAAGUGCGGAUAACAACACGAGCAGAUUGAACUUGGCAGAUACAUUUCCAGAUCAUUGGCCAGAUUACCCCUCUCGAGAUGAUGGCUUGGGACUAUGGGAACUUGAUAAUCCAGCAUUGUCUUCAAGUUCAGAAAACUCUGGUUGCACGAGCAUGUCAUCAGAUGCAUACUUUGAUUCAGAGGCUUUUUUGAAAAUACUAGAGGAGCCCGUAAAGAAUCAGGAGGAUGUAGAUUUUAAGUUGAGUGUAUCUGCAUCAGCCAAAGCGGAUGAGGGGUUCAUAUCUUUACCCACUUCAGGAUCUCUUGUUAGGAGUGGAAGAAAAACCUUGGCACCUGAAGAAAUCAUCAAAACGGAUUGCUCCAUUCCCAAAUCAGCUGCACGUGGUCGUGUCCUAGAUAGCAACAAUUUAAAGCAUGCCAGCAGAAAUCUGAGGACAAACAUCAGAAAUGAAGGUCCAUCGUCAAGUUCUCACAAUGUGUCCCAAUCAUCCAAAACCCGUCCGGCAGCACCAAAUGGAGAAAAAGCGGCCGCUGCUAGAAAGAAAAGGUUUAAGAAGUAUCUGUGCUUCUUUAUGUAAUUUUAGAGCCUCCUUACAGGUAAACACAGAUAGCAUUUGUGUAUAAUAAUAACCCCCAUUGUAGUAGCAAGUUAUGCAUUUGUAAGCAGUAGGUUCCAAGAUCAGGAACACCAUGGACCAUGAGUGAGUUAGGCGACAAGAUAAAGGUAGAAACACGCAUAUAGGUUGAAAUUGAUACUGAGGCAGAGGAAUAAGAGACUAAUUUAAGGAAAACCAAAGGUAUGAAGCUGAUUAUACUCAUCAUCUCCAUUAUUCAAGGGCAAUGGAGAGGCUUUUCCUGCCGUUUUCUUCUUGUAAGCUAGCUGUUAUUUCUUCUGAACUCGUUGCAUUUGAAUGUAAAGGGUUUAUGUAUUUUUAUUUUUAUUUUUAUUUUUUUUUUGUACUUUUUUAUUAGGGGCAAGGAAUUAAUUUCUCUGUACUUGAAUAUUGUUUAUUGCUAUAAAGUAGGGGAAAAAAUGUACAUUGUUUCUUGUGUUCUCCUUC